UCUCAAUUUCUUAAUUCCAGGACAGUGUCACAAGAACUCUGGCUUUGGGGACCAUUCCGUUGAUUUCACCAACCCCCCUGUUCUGAUUGAUGUUGGCGAGGGAGGUAAAUGUGACCUGGCUGCCGGAACGUGUGCGGAAAUGGCGGUUUUGGGUGAUAUCUUUAGUGGCGAAGAAUAUUCAAAAUGCCAAGUAAAGAAAUAUGUGGUAAGAGGCUAGAACCCAGAGAAGACGCCGUUGUCUCUGCUCACAACAUCUCAUGAUGGCCAUGUCUACAGUAAUGAGUUGCCGGUCAACGUCAACACAGACACUAUGGAAUGGAGUCUGUGGGCAGAUACUGCGCACAUAAAGGAAAAUGUGCCCACGAAGGCGUACCAAGGGGAGACGAUGAAUGUUUCUUUUGUAAACUCAACGACAACGGAGGUUACUUGAAAAAUACACAUGCCGAAGUAUGACGCUGGUACCCCUGUUCGUUGUACUAUUUCACGCAGUGGUCACCAAAGCGAUUCUAGAUCCCUGUGCCAUCUAUAAACCAUUUCCCGAUUCCGACCGCCGAGAUCCCAGCUACGAACUUGGCAAUGGAGAAACAAGCAUCGACGACAACGAGUUGAAAGAAGGCUGGUACGGCGACACGAAUUACACCUUGGUUGACGAAUCCCCUGGAUUCUAUAAAUGUGGAGGAUGGUAUCCAAUAUGGAUAAAUGGAUCAACCAGCAUGAGAUCUUCCAUGUGUGUUCAAUCUCCCUCUGACGCAUGUUCGCUUCCCUUCGAAAUAGACCGGCAACAAUGUGAUGGCUUUUCUAUCUACUUUUUGCCUCAGGCUCCCAUCCACCGAGCAGUAUAUUGUUUGUCCUCUAAUGUUCAAGAACUUCCGGUAUUUAAUGAAAUACCACAAGUAACUUUCGACUUGCUGGACAAACUUUACUCAAGUGAGUUAUUAUUCCGGUGCAACUUUACCCGUGCAAAUGAAAGUCUGUCCUACAAGACAACCUGGUACCUCGAGGGAGCUCCGUUUUACACGUUUGAACCCAUGGAAUGGAAUUCUGACGAUUUCGAUUACGUGGCCAACAGGACAUUGACAGAAGAAAUUCUGAGAGAGAACGGAGUUGCAAAGGCUGGAUUUAAUCUGCAGUGUCGUGUUCAAGCACUAUAUGGUCUAGAUCAGGCAUCAUCAAGUGGAGGAUUAUCAGAGGUCCAAUUUGUUGGAGUGAAGAUAUGGGCAUGGGACAAUGUUCUCUACGAGGGCGAAACACGUACAAUAUAUCUCCACCUCACAGUUCCAUUUAGAUGCGGCUCUUUCAUAAACGACUUCGGCCUUCCUUGUUGGUUUGACAUCAAUGUACAUCGGGUACAAGAUCCUGGGGAAUGUCAGAGUGCUGCAGUAGUGCAAAAUUCGUGUGGCAUAAAUAGUAUAAACUCGAGUCAGUGGAAUCAAUUGAUAUCAGUCACAGUUGUUGGGAAAAUUACAUCUACAUAUGGAGAAAAUUCUGCUACGACGCAGAUGAAGUUGAAAACUCCAAAGACAAGUUUUCAUCUUCCCUUCUGGGAGGACUAUGACAUUGGAAUUGUAACGUUCCAAAUUGUGAAGAAUACAACUCUGUAUCAAAGUACAUGGUGCUCUUCAAGCAAUGAUCCUUAUGUACAAACAUUUAGUUGGACAUACUUUUACUUGGAUGCUGCCGGCAUUUACACAUUGUAUAAGAAUGGGGACGACAUUGAGGUACAAAUACAAACUGAAGAGUGUAACAUGGACGAAUUCUGGGUGGGACCCUACUGUACAUGUGGCGUGGCGGUCCGAGCUGGAAAGACGGUGUUUGAGAUCAGUCACUGCGAGUCCCUCACCUGGCACAUCGGCUACACGGCUUGUGGGGAUGACGGAGACGUGCUGCAAGUUAGGAGAGACUGGAAUUAUUACACGAUCUCUCUGCCAACUGGAAAUAUAGUAGACGUUUCAGUAACUACCUAUGCUCCAUAUUUUCUGAACGUUUAUAUUACUUCUUCUGUUAAUGAUGUUGAGAAGAAUCGUGGCAUGUGUGGUAGUGUAUCAACAACACAGAAUGGCGACUUGAUAAAGAGAAGCGGUUCUCUUGCAAAUUCUACUGAUGACUUUGCAGAAUCGUGGAGGGUCACUCCUGAUAACAACUUGUUCAACCCUGAAGUCAUAAGCAACGGAUUUGCGUCCUAUAAACCGCUUUUCCAAUACUGUACUUGCGAACGUGAGACAGAUCCUCUAAAUCCUCUGACAUGCACCGCCAUGGCUGCCACAGAAACGUGCUUGGAACCAGAUAAUGUCGAAGAUAUCAAGCCGAAAAACUGCAUCAUAUCAAAGAGAAAGAAACGCAUGGCUCAACGCAGUGUAAAACGAAUCAAAAGGCAAAGUACAUCUCAGAAAGGAUGGUCCAAUGGCUGGAAUUUGACUUUGGCACAAGAGUAUUGUGAUGCUCAGUUUUCCGCGGAUCAGUCGGUGAAGGUGUGCGGAGACGUCCCUGGGGUCAACGUCGCCGACAGCAUAAAUGACUGUGUGAAGGACAUUGAGCUCAGCGGCACUACAGACUUUGUUGCUAUGGCGUUGGAAGGCGUGCAUGUGAAAUGUGUAAGGGAGGCCAUGCAGAACCCCGUCCUAAAGGAGGCUGAGGCUGGUGAAACAUCCAUUUUCGAAAAGAUAACAAAAGACACAUGUAGUCAUGAUUGUAGUGGAAGAGGUUCCUGCAAUGACGGACAGUGUCACUGUAACUCUGGCUUUGGCGGAGGGGACUGUUCCGUUGAUUUCACCAACCCCCCUGUUCUGAUUGAUGUUGGCGAGGGAGGUAAAUGUGACCUGGCUGCCGGAACGUGUGUGGAAAUGGCGGUUUUGGGUGAUAUCUUUAGUGGAGAAGAAUAUUCAAAAUGCCAAGUAAAGAAAUAUGUGGUGACGCGGGAUGGAAAAAUGCUGACGCCAAUUCUUGCAACAUCAAAGGCAGUGUUAGAGAGUAUUAGCGAGGUGAUAUGCACUACGCCAGAGCCCGGAGAAAACGAUGUUGUCACAGCUUACAACGUGUCAGUGUCUCAUGACGGCCAUGUCUACAGUAAUGAGUUGUCGGUCCUUGUGUACGAUUCGACAUGUGUCAACGUCAACACAGACACGAUGGAAUGGAGUCUACAGGCCAGUUACUGCACACACAAGGGAAAAUGUGUCCACGAAGGCGAGCCAAGGGGAGUCGAUCUCUGUUUCAUAUGUAAACGCAACGACAACGGAGGUUACUGGGAAAAUACACAUAGUGACGAAUGCGUGCCAAUCAUGGACAAUGGCGGAACAACCUGGGGAGGGAAGGUGUCUGUCUUGAUGGGGCUUCUUGUUGCCUCAACACCUGUAACAAUCCAUUACAUAUAACUUGGAGCCACUCGACUACAGCAUUGACGAAUAUAAGUAACCAUAUUGUAUAUUAAGGGUUAUACAUAAUUGCACAAGAUCAACUUGGAUUACAAGGAUCUUGUUCAGCAGCUCACGGCGUCCAUCAGGGCUAUGUGUGAACAUUAUAUAUGCUUUUCUUCUGUGUCUACCUACAUGUAACAAAAUAAGCCGAAGCAGUGUAUUUCACUAUUAUUGUUUUGUUUAUUCCCUUGGAUCUUGUUCAGCAGCUGACACUGAGUGGACUGUGUGGACAUUAUAUAUUCGUUCCUUCUGUGUCUACCUAACAAAUUGAUGUAUUCUGUUGUCCUUCCAGAGUAUAUUAUUAUAUCAUAUAUAUAUAUAUUAGCAUUGUGAUAAAUCAUAUGUUAUUAUGUUUCUAAUUCAUGAUUAUGGCUUUAACCUUUGUGUGUUGAUAACAUUUGAUCCAAUAAAAGAGCGCACAACUA